ACAGCUUAGAGACCAAAGGCGUUUUGACAUUUCCAUUUCUUUUAACUGUAAGAAAGAUGAACUUCCGCAGUCUGAUAGCCUCCGGCUCCCGCCUCGGGAAGAGGUUCUGCGCAACCCUUUUCUCUCCGGCCGGCGCCGUCGAAGCCUCUGUUUCUUCUUCUUCUUCUCCUCCGACGGCGGCGUCAAUGCAGCGAGAGAUGUACAAGAAGCUGUCGAAGCUGAGUUUCACGGGAGGGACAGUGACGCAGACGUUGAAUCAUUUCAUCAUGGAAGGCACUCCGGUCAGAAAAGACGAUCUCUUUCGCUGCGCUAAAGACCUCCGCAAGUUCCGUCGCCAUCAACACGCCCUCGAGAUUUUUGAUUGGAUGGAGAUGAGGAAGAUGACACUAUCCAUCGCCGAUCACGCAAUUCGUUUAGAUCUAAUCGCAAAGACUAAAGGCUUAGAAGCAGCCGAGAGCUACUUCAACGGUUUAGACCCUUGUACAAAGAAUCAUCAGUCUACUUACGGAGCGCUCAUGAACUGUUACUGCGUGGAACUCAAGGAAGAGAAAGCAAAAUCUCAUUUCGAGAAAAUGGACGAGCUCAGCUUCGUUAACAACUCGUUACCUUUUAACAACAUGAUGUCCAUGUACAUGCGGUUGGGUCAGCCGGAGAAGGUUCCUCUUUUGGUCGACGCGAUGAAACAGAGGGAGAUAUCUCCAUGUGGGAUCACUUACUCUAUAUGGAUGCAGAGCUGCGGAAGCUUGAACGACUCGGAAGGGUUAGAGAAGGUGAUUGAUGAGAUGGGGAAAGACAGCGAAGCUAAAACCACUUGGAACACUUUCUCUAGCCUUGCUGGGAUCUACACCAAAGCUGGUCUUCACGAGAAGGCGGAGUCGGCUCUGAGAACCAUGGAGGAGAAGAUGAAUCCUAACAACCGAGACGCGCACCAUUUCCUCAUCAGCCUGUACGCUGGAAUCUCCAAGGCUUCCGAGGUCGAACGGGUUUGGGAGUCGCUGAAGAAGGCUCGUCCUGAGGUCAACAACAUGAGCUACCUUGUUAUGUUGCAAGCUCUGAGUAAGCUCGGGGACGUAGAUGGUGUUAAGAAGGUCUUCGCAGAGUGGGAAUCGAGAUGCUACGCUUACGAUACGAGGCUGGCGAAUAUAGCAAUCAACGCUUAUCUAAAAAGAGAUAUGUAUCAAGAAGCAGAAGCGAUUCUUGAUAACGCAGUGAAGAAGUGCGAAGGGCCUUUUUCGAAGUCGAGACAGCUUCUGAUGGUUCAUCUGUUGGAGAAGGGUGACGUUGAUUCGGCGAUGAAGCAUUUGGAAGCAGCGGCUUGUGAUCUGGAAGAGAAGAGAGACGACGAGUGGAGCUGGAGCUCGGAGCUGGUGAGCUUGUUUUUCCUUGGCUUUGAGAAAGCCAAGGAUGUGGAUGGAGCAGAGGAGCUGUGCAGGAUCUUGUCCAAGUGGAGACCUCUCGACUCUGAAAGUGCGAGUCUUCUUAUAAAGACUUACGCAGCAGCUGAGAAGACUUGUCCGGAUAUGCGUGAGAGAUUGUUCCGACAGCAGAUUGAAGUGAGCGAGGAGAUACAAGACUUGCUCGAAACGGUUUGUCCUUAAAAACUAAACCUGCAGUAAUUUGGUGGAUAAUACUCGGAGUGUUAUGUGUCUCUUUUAUUUAUGAGUUUUAAGCUUCUUGAGAUUGUGUUUUGUUUAACCAAAUCCAAUAACCGACCUAAUCCGUUUCCUAA